AUGCAAUACAACGCUCAAGCCGGUCAAAAAGAAACUUCAUCUGAAAAUAAAGAUAAUUAUAUUAUUCCUGGUUUAUUCUGGGACCCAGCAUGUAUCAUUGUUUAA